GAUGGCGUGGGUGGGGGAAGGCCAGGCAGCUCCCUCCCAUGGUGACGGAGAACUAAGCUGAGCUGAGCCGAGCAGAGCCAGACUGAGCUGCUCUCCUCAGGGCUCAGGGCUAGCCCUGCCCUCCCAGCUGGCUGCAGCACUCUAGUGGGACUUUCUGGAGGGACAAGCACAGGAAGAGAUGGGAAAACCUGACAGCUUAGUCAAGAGUCUACUCCUGCCGUGUGGGUGAGGGCAAUUCAAGGGGUCCUUAGUGAGAAGCAAUUGGGAGCUUCUCAUUUUCCUUAUGCCCUCCUCUUUCCUGAGGACCACAGCAGGGGAGGGGCCUUCUCAAGGACACAGGGUGUCUUAGUAGAAGCAGGACACGAUUAAGAUCUCCAGCCACCAAUGUCUGGCUAGGCCAGGGCAAAGGGACCUAGGCCAUGACCUGUUUUAUAAACCCAAAUCGCUACAGCUCUUGUCUUGGUAUGAGGGUUUCACGGUAGAGGGCGAUGCCUGCUGGAGGGCCAGCAGGGGUGGGCCAUCCCAUCCCCAAGGGUUGCUAGGGUCAAGGACCUGCCCAGACUCCCUGGGUGGAGCCCUGGGCCUUGGCAGGGGCCCAGUUGGUUCCUGGCCAAUGGGGCCAGAGAACCUGGGGGCUGCUGAGUUAGCUCAGCUGAAAAACCAACAAAAGGGCCUCCCUCCUAAACCCAGGGGCUCAUGAGUCACCGGGGCUUUGGGAGAGUGCCAACAUCAUCAUGACACAGCAAGAAUCUUGUCAGACCAACAGAGAAGUCAGCCCAGAAAUGUUCUGAGGAAAGGGAGGGGUAGGGGCCACUGGGUCAUCCCUUGCACGGGCCCAUCAUCAGGAUGUGUCCUGAAUGCCCAGCAAGCCCAUGGCCCUUGUGAUCCAGGUGGGGAAACUGAGGCCCAGAGAGGUGAGGACCCCGUAGACUCUCGGUCCCAGUCUCUUCCCCUCACUCCCUGUGAGGCUCUCUAGCCUCAUCGAGUUCCCAUCAGGUGGGGAAAUAUGCUGUUCCAGGCACACGCUGGUCUGCAAGGCCAGAGCAUUCUGGAAGAGGGCACCCUGGCCCUGUUGCAUGAUCAGACACCUCUGGAAGAGCCAGCUGUGUGAGAUGGUGCAGCCCAGUGGCGGCCCGGCAGCAGAUCAGGACGUGCUGGGCGAAGAGUCUCCUCUGGGGAAGCCGGCCAUGUUGCACCUGCCUUCAGAGCAGGGUGCUCCUGAGACCCUGCAGCGCUGCCUGGAGGAGAAUCAAGAGCUCCGAGAUGCCAUCCGGCAGAGCAACCAGAUGCUGCGGGAGCGCUGUGAGGAGCUUCUGCAUUUCCAAGCCAGCCAGAGGGAAGAGAAGGAGUUCCUCAUGUGCAAAUUCCAGGAGGCCAGGAAACUGGUGGAGAGACUCAGCCUGGAGAAGCUCGACCUGAAGAGGCAGAAGGAGCAGGCCAUGCGGGAGGUGGAGCACCUGAAGAGAUGCCAGCAGCAGCUGGCUGAGGAAAGGCCUUUUCCAGCUGUGCUGCCCACCUCACUGUGACCUGUCUUCUCCACCUCGCUUCAGUCCCCAGCUACAUCCUUCCCAACUCUGCAUACUCUCAGUGCCGUGUAUGGUCCUCACUCAUGUGCUCUACCCCUUCUUCUACAGCACG